AGCCCUUUUGGCUCAAGCCAUUUGGGGUCAAGCCGCGUUGGGUCAAGCUGUUUGACUUGAGGUGCUGGCUGAAGCACACACGCCGCGCGCCUCAGGAGCUGGUGACGCACGCCGAUCGCCCCAGCCUCGGCUGGGCUAACGCGCCCGGCAGGGCCGAUGGCGGCCGCGCCCGCGGCCUUGAUGGAGCGCCCGGAGCACCCGUCCCCCGCCGCGAGCGGCCAGCGAGCGAGCGCGCCCGGGGCGGCGCAGGGCGCGGCGCGGCCGUGGCCUUCCAUGCUCGGAGGCCUGUGCAGCUGGAGGGUGGUCGUGAGGAACACCUUCCUGCACGUCCAGGAUGCCGCCGCGGAGGACAUGGCCCUCCGGAGCCUGCGCACCUCGUCGUCGGCGCCUGCGUUGCUGAGCCCGUGGGCGGGCCCGGGGGUGCCGAUCGGGGAGCCGCCGUCGCCGAGAGGCGCCGAGCGGCGCACCACCGUGAUGUUCCGCAACGUGCCCUACGUGUUCACGCGUGACAUGUUCGUGGAGCUGCUGAACUCGCAGGGCUUCCGAGGACAGUUUAACCUGGUGUAUGUGCCGAUGGACUUCAAGACGAACCAGACGCGCGGCUACGCGUUUGCAAACGCGAUCUCCCAUGGGAGUGCCCUUCGCCUCUUCGGCGCGUUCGAGGGCUUCCGGGCAUGGCCUCAAAGGAGCUCGAAGGUGUGCAGCGUGUGUUGGAGCACCCGGCAGGGCCUCGACAGAAACGUCGAAGCUUACCGCAACCUCGAGGUCAUGCAGGCGAACCUCCCCGACGCCUGGAAGCCGGCCUUGUUCUCGGAGGCUGGCCAAGUGCCCUUCCCCGAGCCCACGCGGAAGGUCACGCGCAACUGCAAGAAGCUCUGCGGCACUGGCGGUGCUCCACAGAUCUGAGAGGUGCGCGGCGGAGGUGGACUUGCAACAGCGCGACCCAGGUCUGGUCCGAUGGUGGAGG